UCAUUAUGUUGUUGAAACCCCUUCCCUUUCCAUCAGGAAAAGUAGAUGUCACCAGUAUCUGCAAUUUGGAGUCUGGAUCUCUCCUGAAAAUCACUAAGCCCAAGAAUUGUCAUCUUAAUCUUUGAAAUGGACAAGGAUGUCCUCAUUUUUCAGUUACAUAGAUAUGAACAAUGACCAUAGUUAACAAGCCAAAAUCUUCAAAGUCUAAAAAAUCUUCCUCAAGACGCUCUGACAAAUCUAUGAAACCCCGUACUAAAAAAAUGACGUCUCGCACUGCAAGUUUGGGCCGGGUACCUCCUACAGAAGAUCCAAACAAAGUCUCUGUGGACAAAGGUCCUGGGGGGCAUAUUUAUUGUAGAUCAUCUCAAAAAUCAAAGCCUUUUGCCCAAAGAGAUCUAGUUGUUAAUGAUGGGAUUGCUCCGCCACAAAGAAUUCUUUUUCCACCUGAGAAAAUCUGUAUGGAUUGGCAGCAAACACAGAGUGUUGGAGUUGGGCUGCAGAACCUCGGCAACACUUGUUUCCUGAAUUCUACUCUCCAGUGUUUGACCUACACGCCUCCUCUUGCCAAUUACAUGCUUUCACUUGAACACACCAAGUCAUGUCAUGUAGAAGGAUUCUGUAUGAUGUGCACAAUGGAAAGUCACAUCAACCAGGUCCUGUGUUGCUCUAAUAAUGCUAUCAAACCCACAUCUGUUAUCAAUGGCCUUAAAAGAAUAGGAAAACAUUUCCAUUUUGGCAGUCAAGAGGAUGCACAUGAAUUCUUAUGCUUCACCGUUGAUGCUUUACAGAAAGCUUGCUUGAAUGGAAGCACCAAAUUAGACAGAUCUUCUCAAGCCACCACACUUAUUUAUCAAAUAUUUGGAGGAUAUCUCAGAUCUCGAGUAAAGUGCUUGAACUGCAAAGCAGUGUCGGACACGUACGAGCCAUUUCUCGACGUUACUUUGGAUAUAAAGGCAGUUACAUCUGUCACCAGAGCUCUAGAACAAUUUGUGAAACCAGAACAGCUGGAUGGUGAAAACAGCUAUAAAUGUAGCAAGUGUAAAAAGAUGGUUCCAGCAUCAAAGAGAUACACGAUACAUCGCUCUUCCAAUGUUCUCACAAUAUCACUGAAAAGAUUUGCAAAUUUUACAGGUGGAAAGAUCAACAAGGAUGUAAAAUACCCUGAAUAUUUGGAUCUUCGAGCAUAUAUGUCCCAAUCUAUUGGAGAACCCCUCAUCUAUGCUUUGUAUGCAGUUCUUGUACAUAGUGGCUUCAACUGUAAUGCUGGACACUAUCUCUGCUUCAUAAAGGCUGGUAAUGGACUUUGGUACCGAAUGAAUGAUGCCUCAGUAGAGCUUUCUGAUAUCAAAACAGUUCUCAAUCAGCAAGCUUACGUACUUUUCUAUAUCAGGCGCUAUGACCUGACGCUGGGCGAGCGCGCGUUCUACCUGCCCGCGCCCUCCUACCCGCGCUCCUUCCUGGGCCAGCGCGGCGCCGGCAGCAAGCAGCCCGCCUUCAUGGGCCCACGGCUGCCUCCUCACAUGAUCAAGAGUUCAAGUCGUUUAAAUGGAAAUGGACCCUUGAAAGAGGAUCCCAGUACUGUUGGUGUUGCUGUGAAAAGGCCUUCUUCAGCUCCACCAACAGCUUGUGUUCAGAACUGGGCCAUUUCCAGGCCGUCAAUGGCAGACCCUUCCAAGGCCCAGAAGAUCACCAUCAGUAUUCACAACAAGCUGCCCCCGCGGCAGGCGGCGCCGCAGGCCGAGUGCCCCAGCAGCGCUGUGGAGGAGGAGGAUCUGAAGCCCCUUCCUUCAGCCACAAUUACAAACUCUUCUGCAGCAGAGCCUACCUCAAACCUCUCCACAGUGUCAGUUGCUACUAAUGUCUCCAAGCAGGAGGUUCCUGAUGAAAUCUUUGUUGAGCCAGCAGUGAAUGGAAACCCCAAGCUCUGUUCUGACAGCAUGGUCCCUUACGGUGCAGAGCCUUCAGGAAAACCCGAGGAGUCAAAGGGCUUGUUCAAAAGGCAUUGCAAUGUCAUCUCUUCCAAUGGGAUUCUGAUUGGGAAGGUGGUCCGUACAUUGCAUAAUUCCCAUUCAUCCUGUCAGAAUGCUGAAGAAAGAUCCCAGCAUGAGCUGCCAAAAAUUGAUUCCCUAAAUGGUGCUAUUAGUUUAGAUAAUGAAUAUAAAGAAAAUGGACUGAAACUUGAUGAUUCCACUUGCCAAGUCCAACCCGUUAAACCUUCUGAGAUUUUCUUCUCUAAGGCAAACGGAGUGCUUGAAGCGAUGCCUAAAGCUUUGUCACCAGAUCCUCAAGGUAUCUUAGAAUCUCUUACGUACAGCCAGUUGAACAGCUUGUCAGAGGAAAAGAGUGUCUCUGGAUCUCAGAAGUCUUCUGACAAUGAUGGAGUUACAGAUACUGUAGUGAUGGAAGCACUAUUUGCCUAUGAAGAAUCCAGGAAGGUUCCUUCCAACUUUAGCUGUGAGGUUGAGAAACUUUUUACUCAAUCAGAUUCUGAAACCAUUUUUACCAAAGAAGAAGUUGCUGAAAGUGUUAUAACAAAAGCUGAUAAUGCACAUCUCAAUAUCAAUGGUCAGCACAAGGUUAGGAAAAAAUCCUUGGAUACUGAAGGUGAAUUCCUUGGGCAGUGUGAGUCUGAAGACAUCAGAGAUAAAGACAAACUAAGAAGAUCAAAAGAACCUGAACUCAUUUCAAAAGAAAAUCCUUUGUACAUCAAAGGAUCUCCUGAGAGCAAAGAAAAAUUAGGGCAAAUUUCCUCUAUAAAGCCUGACAUUGAAUGUAGUUCUAAAAAACUUGCAUCUCUAGAUAUUCCAGAUAAAUGCCAAGAUACAAAGGACAUUUCUAAUAACUAUGUAGAGGUACCACCUGUUAAUGACUCUUCUAUUACAAAGCUGGAUAAAGUAUUGGAAAGUCAAUUUUCUAGAGCAGACGAGGGACUGAGUAAUAAAACAUGUGAAGAUGAUGAUAAACAUAUGAGAAAAAAUAAGAAAAAAAUCCAUGACUCUAAAAGAACUGACAAAGAGCACUACAGGAGGAAGAGAGAAAGCUCGGACACUGAGGAGAAGGAGAGGCAAACCAGAAACAAACCAGAUGAUCAUUCCCACAGGAGGAGGAGCUCUCACAGCCUGGAAACAAACAAGCAAAGCCGUCACAAGCAGGAGUAUUGCAGUGAGAGCAAGUACAGAUCCUCCCACAACGAAAGGAACAGUCCCAGUAACGGCAGGAGCUCAGGAAAAUAUUCUCGCUACAGAUCCCGAAGCAGAGAAAGGACAGACCCAGACAGGAGUAGGUAUCAUUAUUCCAAAGGAGACAGACUCUGGAUUAGAGAAAGAUAUUAUCAAGAUGAACCACGGAGAUGGGACAAAUGCAGGUACUACAACGAUUAUUAUUCCUCCCAUGGAACAAGGGAUGGUAGGGAGAGGAGGUCCUCUCAUUGUGAUAAAGACUAUGACAAACUGAGCCAAGCUUACAGCAGGUCACACAAGGAUUAUCACUGCAAAAGCAGAUGGGCUCACAGCACACUCUCCCGAGAGGAGGAUGUGCAUCACUUCAGCAGCCACAGAGCAAACUUCCACCACUGUUCAGUACCUCAGCAGCACUCGGAAAAAUACUCCCGUGAGAGGCACGUGCUUCCAGCAGGCUCAGCUCACUCCAGCUUCGAGGACUCUUCGCGGGAAAACGAAAAAGAAAAGCUAAGAAAUGGCAAAAGAAAAUACUCCCACCAAGAAGAAAGUGGAAGUGACGUAGAAAAGAAAUGCCGAAAGACAGAUGACCAAAGAAUCAAAAAGUAUAAGAAGGUCAAGAAGAAAAAGAAGUCCAAAGAUAAACAUCGAGAGAAGGAUUACAAACUUUAUGAUUUGGAUUGCUCUGUGCUCCACUUUGACAAUGACAAUCGCAAACAUAAGAAAAAGAAGAAAAAGAAGAAGCACGACAGGAAACUGAAAGACUUAUUGGAAUAUUUAGAUCCUCGUUUCCAGAAGAAAACAUGGGAGAAGAAGGAAGAAUCCCGUCCUCCAGAUGACCAUUUAUGUGAGCAAUACAGAAACCAGGGCAGUAAACAACCCUACAAGGAAGAGAAGCCUUCUGGUGCAGGUGACAGCAAGAAAUACAGCUCCAUGGCAUCCACUGAGUAUGUCAGAGAUGUGGAGCUGACUGAUGAAAGCCUUCAAUACUCAGACUGAACCCACCACCAACCCCAAGGACUUCUGACCACCAACCCUUCACCUUCAAAACCAACAACCCCUCACCAUCACAACCAACGACUUCUUACCUUCAACGACUUCUUACCUUCAAACCUGACAUUACCAAUAGUGACCAUCAAAACUUAAGAUUUAUUAUCAAUUACCAUCAAGACAAAAUCCAGUCAUAAGUGGUGCUUAACAUUUCUGUACAGAAUUUUACCAUAUAAGAACUUUUUUUUAGUUUUUAACUUGAGACUUUCUUUUUUAAAAUAUACUUCUAAUCCAAAAGGGUGAAAACUUUUUACAACUGCUGAACAUUGUAAAUUACCACAUAAAUAUCUCACUGAGCUGAGAUAAUGCCCUGGAAUAGACCAUCUCAAAUGCUGCUUAAUUACAGACUCAGGUUGACUUUAUGUUAUUCAUGUAAUGUUACUCCAAGUUAAGACAUCUGGUGCAAGAGCGACCAGGAAUUAUAAAAGUUGCAACUGACAGUCUGUAUAUUUAAUUUAAAGACUUAUUUAAAACUUCACAAGUUUUGCAAGAGCUUCAUUUUUUUUUUCUGUGGUCUGACACUAGAAACUAAUUUACUUCACAUUUGAGUUAUAUUCAAGAUCUGAAGAAAAUCUUCUGGUUUUCGACAUUGUGAAACAACAAAUAUGCAGUUCUGAAUGUAUCUCUCAAGACUAUUUGUAUAUUGUUCCAUAUGUUUUUAUUACAUUUUCUUAAUAUACUGUCAUUUGUCUUAAGUCUCAGUUGUCUGUUUUGUCUCUCUAAAGUGUCUAGUUACAGACAAAUUCAUACUGUGAUUUUUAUUUUUAUUAUUAAAUGCUAUCAAACUGUGAUGCACUUAUUAUUCACUGGUCCUGCAUCAGGAGAUGAGUGGGGAACCUGUAUUAAAUACAGUUCAUCUGAAUAAUCUGUCUGGUUUAUACAAGCUGUGUUGUUCAGAGAUGUCUAAAGUUUGAUCUUUGUUUUUUUAAAGAUAAAAAGCACUUGCCCCACUGUAAAUAUAUAGCAUGUAAAAUUUAUAUAGUAUAUAAAUACAGCAAAGUUAAAAUGGAUUUUUACUUGAGUUUUACUUGAGUUAUUUAACAUGCACUGUGUCAUGGGAGCUGACAGCUGGCAGAGUGUGUUUGACUCUGGAGAAGUCACAUCUUCCUCUCAGUGUAGGGGAGAAGAUGCUGUUGGUGUGAGCCAGAGAAGAAAAUCAGUAACUGGGACUGCAGCUGCCUGGACAAGGAUGCUGAAGGCUUCUCCUUUGAACUUAAAGCUUCCCCAGCCAGGCACCAGGCUGGGAGCUCAGCAGGAGCUUGGUAUUGUGUAUGACAAAAAGCAAAAUAACCCACAAAACCAAAACUAACAGGGAAAAAAAGCAAAAAAGAGCAAGGUUAAUAUCUCACUAAAUACUUAAAAGUAAUCUUUUGGUACAUGGAGAGCACCAUCAAGCCAAAGCAUAAUGUACCUGCAUAAUGUUCCUAUGGCAACAGUUAUGUGACUUACAUAAAGUGACAUGGCAAAGUAACCAACAUUCCUGUCCUGUAUCUGGCUUUUUUGUCCUCUUUUGUCCUCUGGCUCCAAGGUUUGGUGUCCUGUCCUUUGUGUGAUGAGUGACUCCAGCAGAAGUGUCUGAAGGAGUUU